AUGGUUGUUGGAAAUGAGAUGUUUUGCGAUGAAACCCCGCACCCGGGUGAAUGCAAGACUCUGCUCAUUGAACACAAACCUAUAAAAAGCACGACACAGUUCCUGCAGGUGUCCGUAGAACAAACACUAUAUGGAGCCGUGAAAGCCAAGAGCGACACCUACUCUCUCGGUCCACAAUUUGGUUCAAAGCAAGCGUGGGAGAACUGUCUGGAUCUGUACGAUCAGACUAUCCACAGACUCAACCAGAGCCUUUUGUGUCCCAAGAACGCGUGCUCUAGGUCGGACGUGCAAACAUGGCUCAGCACGGCACUCACCAACCUAGACACAUGUCAGGAAGAGAUGUCAGAAGCCGGAGUCUCUUCUCGUUCCAUGCAGAGCAUCACCAGUAAUGUUAUUAACGCCUUGGCCAUCAACAAGAGGAUGGAAACACACGGGAAUGCGUUUAGGAGAAGAAAAGUAGAAGUGGAAACGCCGUCUAUGAUAGGUGGAAAAGUGGAUGUAGUGGUGGCUCAAGAUGGCUCUGGAGACUACAAGAGCAUCCAAGAGGCCGUGAAUGGUGCAGGAGCGAGGCCCAAAGGAAGCCCAAGGUAUGUCAUACAUGUCAAGCAAGGAGUUUACGAGGAAUAUGUAAACGUGAGAAGCAAGUUUACUAACGUCAUGAUCAUCGGCGACGGUAUCGGCAAAACCAUCAUCACCGGCGACAAAAGCAAAGGCCGAGGAAUUUCCACUUUCAAAAGCGCCACUUUUGUGGCUACGGGUGAUGGUUUCGUGGGGAGAGACAUGACGAUAAGAAACACAGCAGGGCCGGAGAACCAUCAGGCGGUGGCUCUGAGAUCGGAUUCAGACAUGUCAGUGUUUUACAGAUGUAGCAUCGAAGGCUAUCAAGACACGCUCUACGUCCACACGGGACGUCAGUUUUUCAGGGAGUGUGACAUCUACGGCACCGUCGAUUUCAUUUUCGGGAACGCCGCCGCAUUUUUCCAAAACUGUCGGAUAUAUGCACGUAGCCCACCGAAUGGAGUGAACACCAUCACCGCACAGAGCCGGGUCAACCCGAACCAGACAACGGGGAUUGUUAUCCAUAACUCUGUGGUGAGAGGAGCUCCGGGGACACAGCUGGAAGGCGUGAAAACGUAUCUGGGCCGUCCCUGGAGAUCGUAUGCUCGGACGGUGGUGAUGGGCACGUUUCUUGAUCAGUUGAUCGAACCCAAAGGAUGGCUCGAGUGGGAUAAUGUAACGGCUCUUAGCACUUUGUAUUACGGGGAGUCUCAAAACACGGGACCGGGUUCCGGUACAGAGAACCGGGUUGAUUGGCCCGGCUUUCAUGUGAUAUCGAGUAACGAAGAAGCUCGACAGUUUACGUUACUCCAAUUCAUCGACGCUGCUUUAUGGCUGCCGCCUACAAAAGUGCCUUUCACCAUCAAUCUCUAA